AUGGGCGGAGGGCACGACAUGCACGGCCACAACGGCGGCGUGAAGGGCUACGUGUCCAACCUCGUCCACGGCGGCGGCGGCGGCCAUGGGCACGGCGGCGGCGGCCACGGGCAGGGCUACGGCGGCGGCGGCGGCCAUGGGCACGGCUACGGCGGCCACGGGCAGGGCUACGGCCACGGGUACCCUCCUCCGGCCGCCGCCGGCGCGUACCCUCCUCCGGCAGCCGCCGGCGCGUACCCUCCUCCGCACGGCGGCUACCCGCCCGCUGCCUACCCCCCGCACUCGGCGCACUACGGGCACAUGGGGUCGUACCACAGCAGCCACAGCCAUGGCGGCGGCCACCACGGCAGCUACGGCGGCAAGCACAAGGGCGGCAUGUUCGGCGGCGGCAAGUUCAGGAAGUGGAAGUGA